AUGGCCUCCCGGAGCUUGGGGGGCCUGAGUGGGAGCCGCGGCGGAGGCAAGAAGAGCCUCAGCGCCCGCAACGCUGCGGUGGAGCGCAGGAACCUCAUCACCGUGUGCAGGUUUUCUGUGAAGACCUUGAUUGAUCGGUCUUGCUUUGAGACGAUCGAUGAUUCUUCUCCGGAGUUUAACAACUUUGCAGCUAUCCUGGAGCAGAUUCUAAGUCACCGGCUAAAAGGUCAAGUCACUUGGUUUGGCUAUGAAAGUCCUCGGAGCUUCUGGGACUAUAUCAGAGUGGCUUGCCGCAAAGUCUCACAGAACUGCAUCUGCAGCAUUGAGAACAUGGAAAAUGUCAGUUCAUCUAGAGCUAAGGGUAGAGCCUGGAUCAGAGUAGCCCUCAUGGAAAAGCAUUUAUCUGAGUACAUCUCUACAGCUCUGAGGGACUUCAAGACAACCAGGAGAUUUUAUGAAGAUGGAGCGAUUGUCUUGGGUGAGGAAGCAAAUAUGCUGGCUGGCAUGCUACUAGGACUCAAUGCGAUUGAUUUCAGUUUCUGCCUAAAGGGAGAAGGAUUGGAUGGCAGCUUCCCUGCUGUGAUAGACUAUACGCCAUAUUUGAAGUUUACCCAGAGCUCUGACAGUAUCAGCAGUGACGAGGAGGAGCUGAGGACGUUAGGCAGCAGCGGCAGUGAAAGCAGCACUCCAGAGAACGUGGGGCCUCCUUUCAUUACAGAUGACAACAGUUGGUUCAACAAAUGUAAGAGAGUUAAACAGAAGUACCAGCUCACCCUAGAACAGAAGGGUUAUCUUGAAGAACUUUUAAGACUUCGGGAGAACCAGCUGUCUGAAUCUGUCUCGCAGAAUAAAAUACUGCUUCAGCGGAUUGAAGAUUCUGAUCUGGCCCAUAAAUUAGAAAAAGAACAGUUAGAAUAUAUAAUUGUGGAACUUCAAGAUCAGCUGACUGUGCUAAAGAAUAAUGAUUUAAGAUCAAGACGAGAGUUAACUGCCCACCUCACCAACCAGUGGCCUUCCCCAGGAGCUCUGGAUGCCAGUGCUGUUGCCUUGGAUACGUUGCUUUACCGAAAACACAAUAAACAGUGGUAUGAGAAAAGCUACCAGAGUCUAGACCAGUUAUCAGCAGAAGUUAGCCUUUCUCAAAGUUCCCUUGGCCCAGGCCAGUCACAAGAAGAUGGAAAACAAGAUACAAUAAACUUAAUCAAUGAAGGUAAAGAAGAUACUCCUUCAUUGCUUGGUCUCUGUGGGUCCCUAACAUCGGUAGCAAGUUACAAGUCUCUAACAAGUCUAAAAUCUAACGAUUACCUUGCAAGUCCUACGACGGAGACGACAAGUCCUGGCUUGACUCCAUCCUGAAAACUGAAUAUUUGUCUAACAUACACAGUGACUUCUGCAUCUUAACAUGCUGAGAAGUAAAGAUUUAAACAUGACAUCUGAAGGUUACAACUCUUCUGCUACUGUGAAAUUCAGGUUUCUACACAACGCAUUUCACAUUAGAUAGUUCGUUAAUGUCUGCAUGAGGAAACAGUGUGUAUCUUGUUCUUCAGUUUUAGCUGGUAAAGUUUAUUUUUCACAACCCUCAUCCCUAAAGAAUGCUGAAUUACAUGUUACUAUUCUGUGUUAUUUUUUGCCUUGAUGUACUAUACUUGUUGCAUGUAUAUUAAACAUUUUGUACUAUG